AGGCGCCUGCGCACUGGGCGGCCGCUCUCUGCCGUUACCGCUAUGUGUGGGGCGUGUGUGGAAUAACGUUAUUGCCCAGCGGAGCUCAGGGCCGGGAACUCGACCGCAGCGGCAGCGACGACGACGACAGCGGCGACGACGACGACGGGGUGGGGGGAGGACGGCGUGCGAGAGACUCACGGGACGCGACGCGCCCCGCCUCCCCCGUCCGGUCCCUCUCUCAGCGGUGAGGGGAUGACGUAGCUUUGCCGAAGACUUAGAAGCUAAGCAGAAAAUGAGCUUAACAUCCUGGUUUUUGGUGAGCAGUGGAGGCACUCGCCACAGGCUGCCACGAGAAAUGAUUUUUGUUGGAAGAGAUGACUGUGAGCUCAUGUUGCAGUCCCGUAGUGUGGAUAAGCAACAUGCUGUAAUCAAUUAUGACACUUCUACAGAUGAACAUUUGGUGAAAGAUUUGGGCAGCCUAAAUGGGACUUUUGUGAAUGAUGUAAGGAUUCCAGAACAGACUUAUAUCACCUUGAAACUUGAAGAUAAGCUGAGAUUUGGAUAUGAUACAAAUCUUUUCACUGUAGUUCGAGGAGAAAUGAGGGUCCCUGAAGAAGCACUAAAGCAUGAGAAGUUUACCAUUCAGCUUCAGCUGUCCCAAAAAUCUUCAGAAUCAGAGUUAUCAAAAUCUGCGUGUGCCAAAAGCCUGGAUUCAAAGGGAGCAGAUACAUCAGCAGAGGUGCAGCAUAAAGCCACAGAAGCACUGAAGUCUGAGGAAAAAGCCAUGGAUAUUUCUGCGAUGCCCCGUGGUACUCCAUUAUAUGGGCAGCCAUCAUGGUGGGGGGAUGAUGAGGUGGAUGAACAAAGGGCUUUCAAGUCAAAUGGCAAACCUGAAGAAAAAAGUCAUGAAACUGGAACAGCAGGGUGCAGCAUAGAUGCCAAGCACGUUGAGGAACAGUCUGCAGCUGCAAGUGAAGACGUACUUUUCCCUCUCUGCAGGGAACCGAGUUACUUUGAAAUCCCUACCAAAGAAUUUCAGCAGCCAUCACAAAUAGCAGAGAGCACUAUUCAUGAAAUCCCGACAAAAGACACACCAAGUUCCCAUACAGCAGGUGCAGGGCAUGCUUCAUUCACCAUUGAAUUUGAUGACAGUACCCCAGGGAAGGUAACUAUUAGAGACCAUGUGACAAAAUUUGCUUCUGAUCAGCGCCACAAGUCCAAGAAGUCUUCUCCCGGAACUCAAGACCUACCAGGGAUUCAAACAGGAAUGAUGGCACCGGAAAAUAAAGUAGCUGACUGGCUAGCACAGAACAACCCUCCUCAGAUGCUAUGGGAAAGAACAGAAGAGGAUUCCAAAAGUAUUAAGAGUGAUGUUCCAGUUUACUUGAAAAGGUUGAAAGGAAAUAAACAUGAUGACGGUACACAGAGCGAUUCAGAAAAUGCUGGGGCCCACAGGCGCUGUAGCAAGCGUGCUGCUCUUGAGGAACACUUAAGGCGGCACCACUCCGAACAGAAAAAGCUGCAGAAGGCCCAGGCCACUGAGAAGCAUCAAGACCAAGCUGUUGUAAGUCAAACUGCUUUUAUGAUUGCAUUCUUUGACGAAGACAGUCCCAGAAAAAGACGGUCCUACUCUUUUACUCAGAGUGCGGGAAUCUUGUGUCAGGAAACUACUUACUCGACACCACAUACAAAACUUGAAAAAGCAAAAUCUCCAACAGCAGAUGCCAAAGUGGUUUCUUUGUCUUUCCAGACUAGCUCUACGCAUCACAGAGGGGGGCAUGGUGUUCCACAUGGGAAAUUGUUAAAACAGAAAUCAGAGGAGCCAUCGGUGUCCAUUCCCUUCCUACAAACUGCAUUAUUGAGAAGUUCAGGGAGUCUUGGGCACAGACCAAGCCAGGAGAUGGAUAAAAUGUUAAAAAAUCAACCUACUUCUGCCACUUCUGAAAAGGAUAAUGAUGAUGACCAAAGUGACAAGGGUACUUAUACCAUUGAGUUAGAGAAUCCCAACAGUGAGGAAGUGGAAGCAAGAAAAAUGAUUGACAAGGUAUUUGGAGUAGAUGACAAUCAGGAUUAUAAUAGGCCUAUUAUUAAUGAGAAACAUAAAGACCUGAUAAAAGAUUGGGCUCUCAAUUCUGCUGCGGUAGUAAUGGAAGAAAGAAAGCCACUGAGUACACCUGGAUUUCACAACUCAGAGGAAGGCACAUCUUCAUCAGGAAACAAACGCUGGGUUUCACAGUGGGCUAGUUUGGCUGCAAACCACACAAGACAUGAUCAAGAAGAAAGGAUAAUGGAAUUAUCUGCACCUGUUCCUUUAGAGAAUGAAAUGUGUUCCAUUUAUAGAAGUCAGGAAAAUCCUGAAGCAUUCUCAAUUUCUCUAACAUGGAAACAUCAAAAUACAGACAUCAGUGAGUCUGGCAUUUCAGUGAGAAGUACUGGCUCAGCAACGUCCUUGGUCAGUCAGGGAGAGAGGAGGAGACGCACCCUUCCUCAGCUUCCCAGUGAAGAAAAGUCCAAGAUUCUAACACAGAGGUCAGAGAUAGGAGAAAAACAAGACACAGAACUUCAGGAGAAAGAAGCACCCACGCAGGUAUACCAGAAAGAUAAGCAGGAUGCCGACAGAGCCCUGAGCAAGAUGAACAGGGCAGUGAAUGGUGAGGCUGUUAAAACUGGCGGAGACAAUAAAACCUUGCUUCACUUGGGCAGCUCUUCUGGGAAGGACAAAAGUGAAAGUGAUAAGGAAACUUCUUUGGUGAAGCAAACGUUAGCUAAAAUUCAGCAACAAGAACAAAAAGAACAGGCGCAGUGGACGCCUACCAAGUUGUCUUCUUCAAAAAAUGUUUCGGGUCAGAUAGAUAGGUGUCGGGAGGAAUCUUUUAAACAGGAGUCACAACCUCAAGAAAAAAUUCCAGGACACUCUACAAGCAAAGGAGAAAGGGUGAUACAAAAUGAGGGCAAGCGAAGAAAAGCGGAGGAGGUUCUGAAAGGUCAGUCUUCAAAGGGCGGAGACAAGAAGGAAUCCUCCAAGUCCUUAGUGCGACAAGGAAGCUUCACUAUAGAAAAACCUAGCCCCAACAUACCCAUAGAACUUAUCCCCCACAUAAAUAAGCAGACGUCAUCUACACCCCCUUCUCUAGCGUUGACAGCUGCCAGCAGAAUACGAGAAAGAAGUGACUCUAUGGAUACUGAUUCUAGUAUGGACACAACCCUUAUUCUAAAAGACACAGAAGCAGUAAUGGCUUUUCUAGAAGCCAAACUGCGUGAAGAUAAUAAAACUGACGAAGGCCCAGAUACUCCCAGUUACAAUAGAGACAACUCUAUUUCACCAGAAUCUGAUGUGGACACAGCUAGUACAAUCAGUCUGGUUACUGGAGAGACUGAAAGAAAGUCAACCCAAAAGCGAAAGAGUUUCACUAGUCUCUAUAAAGACAGAUGUUCCACAGGUUCUCCUUCCAAAGAUAUUACAAAAUCGUCCUCUUCAGGUGGUAGGGAGAAAAUUGAGAAGAAAACGAAAAGUCGUUCCACAGAUGUAGGUUCAAGAGCAGAUGGUCGUAAAUUUGUACAGUCCAGUGGAAGAAUAAGACAGCCUUCUGUAGACCUAACAGACGACGACCAGACCUCUAGUGUACCUCAUUCUGCGAUCUCUGAUAUUAUGUCCUCUGAUCAGGAAACUUACUCUUGUAAACCUCAUGGAAGGACUCCACUUACCUCAACUGAUGAGCAUGCACAUUCCAAACUGGAAGGAGGCAAAGUGACUAAAUCUAAGACUUCUCCCGUCACACCUGGAUCAUCCAGUAAGUCAACCACUCUUCCGCGGCCACGACCCACCAGGACUUCCCUCUUGCGCAGAGCACGGCUUGGCGAAGUGUCCGACAGUGAACUGGCUGAUGCUGACAAAGCAUCUGUUGCCUCUGAAGUGUCCACCACCAGUUCCACGUCCAAGCCCCCCACGGGAAGGCGUAACAUCUCUCGGAUUGAUUUAUUGGCUCAGCCCCGUCGAACAAGGCUUGGCUCAUUGUCGGCUCGCAGUGACUCUGAAGCAACCAUCUCUAGAGGUAGUGCCUCCUCACGGACUGCAGAGGCCAUCAUUAGAAGCGGAGCCAGACUCGUACCUUCAGAUAAAUUUUCUCCUAGAAUUAGAGCUAACAGUAUCUCUCGACUAUCAGACUCCAAGGUCAAAAGUAUGACCUCAGCACAUGGCUCUCCUUCAGUAAAUUCAAGAUGGAGGCGCUUUCCUACUGAUUAUGCUUCCACCUCAGAAGAUGAAUUUGGAUCAAACCGUAAUUCCCCUAAACAUACUCGUCUACGUACUUCUCCAGCCCUGAAAACCACUCGGUUGCAGAGCUCUGGGUCAGCAAUGCCUACUAGUUCUUCGUUCAAGCACCGGAUAAAAGAACAGGAAGACUACAUCCGAGAUUGGACUGCUCAUCGAGAAGAGAUAGCCAGGAUCAGCCAGGAUCUUGCCCUCAUUGCUCGGGAAAUCAACGACGUAGCAGGCGAGAUAGACUCAGUGACAUCGUCGGGCACCGCCCCCAGCACCACAGUAAGCACUGCGGCCACCACCCCGGGCUCUGCCAUAGACACUAGAGAAGAGGUAGGAGAUCUUCAUGGACAGAUGCAGAAGUUGGUUGAUCGUGUUUUUGAUGAAAGCCUCAACUUCCGAAAGAUCCCUCCAUUAGUUCAUUCUAAAACACCAGAAGGAAACAACGGUCGGUCUAAUGAUCCAAGACCUCAACCAACAGAGCCUCCUGAUCACUUAACAAUUACAAGGCGGAGAACCUGGAGCAGAGAUGAAGUCAUGGGAGAUAAUCUGCUGCUGUCAUCCGUCUUUCAGUUUUCUAGGAAGAUAAGACAGUCUAUAGAUAAAACAGCUGGAAAGAUCAGAAUAUUAUUUAAAGAUAAGGAUCGGAAUUGGGAUGAAAUAGAAAGCAAGUUAAGAGCUGAGAGUGAAGUCCCGAUUGUGAAAACCUCAAGCAUGGAGAUUUCUUCUAUCUUACAAGAGCUGAAAAGAGUUGAAAAGCAGCUACAAGCAAUCAAUGCUAUGAUUGACCCAGAUGGAACUCUGGAGGCUUUGAACAACAUGGGAUUCCCCAGUGCUAUCUUGCCGUCUCCACCAAAGCAGAAGUCAAGUCCUGUGAAUGACCACGGCAGCCCGGGUCAGACACCGACACUUUGCCAACCAGAAGCUAGGGUACUCCACCCUGCCGCUAUCCCUGUGUCGGCUGAAUUUGAGAAUGCUGAGUCUGAGGCUGAUUUCAGUAUACAUUUCAAUAGGUUCAACCCUGAUGGGGAAGAGGAAGACGUUACAGUACAUGAAUGACUUUCUCUCGGUUGUUAAAAAUAAUUACCUGUGGAUUGACUAGGAAUAUUGGCAGCAGCGUAGUGUUGACUUACACAAAACAAGACGGCUUGGUCAGCUACAAUCUUGUUAUCUCUGUCUUCUUAAUUUUAUUUAUUUAUUUUUUACCUGUGACGUGGCAUCCUAUUAAUCCUUGCAGACCAUUAGCGAACCACUUGAUGCACACGUAGGCAAAAGCAGAUUGUGGCAGUGUUGCCUUUUGUGGUUUUAUGAUUUUCAAAUUGAAUUCUGUAAUUGCAUCCUUUCCCUUCAUAGAUCUUUGUUUUUUUUCUUUAAGCCAUGCUGUGACCUACAAGCAAAUUAAAUACCCAACAUUUCUGACCCCCAUGUCUUCUGUGCCAAGCUGCUCCCUGAAAUGGACUUCUUCUUCAUCUGUACAGAUUUGUUAAACACUUAUAUUUGCUUCUUAAUAAUAGGAUUUAUAUUAGUAUUCAUUACCAUUGGAUACAAUGACCUGUUACUCUCCACAGUCAAACUGACCUUUCAAAAUAGUCCUUCUUGUGUUCUGAAAUUUUCCAGCAUCUAUGUGAUUUAUAUAACCUUGUUGCUACGUAAAUUGUCUUGGGGUUUACGGAGAUGAACUAUUAUGUUUGCACUAAGAUUUGCCGGGAGUGCUAGGUGGACAUAGCUAUAUAUCAAUAAGGACUAACUGUGUUUUUUGUACAUAGGAGAUUGAUAAUACUGUAUUUGUUUUAACCCCUCAGUGUUUUACUCCACUUUCAAAAAGCUUAAUCUGGCACUUUUUUUUUCGAUUUUUUUUUU